UUUGUGCAAAUCGACAAGCUCGGCCCGAGACAUGAAGAAUCGCGUCACUGUCGCCCACGUUCUGUUGGCGUGCGCGAUCGUCGUCCGCUCGCUACAGGCGGCGGCCGGACACUGUGACGAGACGUGGCGGUUCGAUUGUGGGAAUGGCCUGUGCAUUGAACCGCAUAAGAUGUGUGACGGCUCACGCGAAUGCGGCAACGGCGCCGACGAGAUGGCGUGCACUCCCGAUCUCUUAGUGUGCCCCCGUGCAGCUUCGCCUGCCACAACCAGGCGCGCUGCGUAAGGCCCAUAUGGGUUUGCGAUGGCGACAAGGACUGCCGAGAUGGCUCUGACGAGAUGGAUUGCCCCGAAGCCAGAGCUGCGGCGUUAAAGUGCAACUUGUCUACGAGGCCCCAGCCGGCAUCGGCAACGCCAUCGGCCGACACCACCUUUCCAGAUGCCACUAGCCCGACCUCCCCUUCUCGCGAAUGCAGCGUCGGCGACGGCGACUUCUCGUGCCCGGACGGUCGGUGCCUUCUUGCAGUCCACGUGUGCGACGGAGUGAGAGACUGCAGCGACGGCGCCGACGAGGGUCGCUUCUGCCAGCUCCUCCGGCGCGAGAGCCACCAGCCGCAGCAGCAUCGGCAGGAGCGACGUGGCUGGCUGGUGGACCUCCGCGUGCAGUUCCGCGCACUGAUCCGGCCGUUGCUGAAUCCGAACAACAUAACGAACGAGGAAUGUGGCCGGAGCCCAUGGUUCCUUGAUGGAACGGACUCGAGGGAACAGAACGCUGCACGAAAGUUCAACUGCAACAAUGGCCGCUACGUCGAACCGGAAGCUAUGUGCGACGGCAUAGACAACUGCGAGAACAACGAGGACGAGAACGUGUGCUCUCCAGAACGCUUCGUUUGUCCCACUGGCAGCUUCACGUGCCGCAACAAGAUGCGCUGCAUGUCUAUGAGAAGGGUUUGCGACGGAGACAAUGACUGCAAAGACGCCGUGGACGGCGUGUCCUCCGACGAGAAGGACUGCCCGACAUCGACGGCAGUGACAACCGCUGCCGCGACGACGCCCGAACUGACAACGCGGAUAACAACGCCGCUUGUCACCGCCGCAUCCGAGGCCACCAGCAGCAACCCGACGUCGCCUUCUAUGCUCGGUGCCUUCUCCCGGUUCAAGUCUGCGACGGAGUCAGAGACUGCAGCAACGGCGCUGACGAGGGUCGAUUCUGCCAGCUCGUUCGGCGCGGCAACCAACAACCACCGCUACAACCGCAGCAACAGCCACAGCGACAACCUCAACGACAACCUUACCAACAACCACAGCAGCAUCAUGGCCUACGCGGAUGUGCGCCUGACCUGCAAGCAACUCGAGCUCCCCUUCCUCAGCUCCUGGGAGUCAUGCGCUCGAAGAAUCGAGUUCCUGUCCGUACAGAUCCAGAAGCUUGGCCGAAGAGACAUGAAGAAUCGCGCCACCAUCGCGCACGUCCUGCUGGUGGGCACGUUCCUGGUUCCCUCCCUGCCAGCAGUGGCCGGAAGCAGCGCCGACAAUUGGAUGUUCGACUGCGGCAGUCGCAUGUGCAUCCAGCCGCAGAGGAUGUGCGACGGCAUCGACGACUGCGGCAACUACGCCGACGAGAAGGCCUGCAGUUUGGACGUCCUGGUUCGCCCCCCGUGCAGCUUCGCCUGCCACAACAGCACGCGCUGCGUCCAGCCCUCGUGGGUUUGCGAUGGCGUCUACGACUGCGGCGAUGGCUCUGACGAGAAGGAUUGCCCCGAAGCCAAGGCUGCGGCGUUAUACUGCCGUUCGGCGACGAGACCCGACCCGACACCGGCAACGCCACCGGCUGACGCCGCCUUGUCUAAUGCUACUGGCGCGACGCCUCCUUCUCGCGACUGCAACGUCAGCGACGGCGACUUCUGGUGCCCGGACGGUCGGUGUCUGCUUGCAUUCCAAGUGUGCGACAGAGUGAGAGACUGCAGCGAUGGCGCCGACGAGGGUCCCUUGUGUCAGCUCAACAUCGGCAGGACCGACGCGCCACAGCAGCAGCUCGGCCUACGCGGCUGGCUGGUGGACCUCCGAAUGCAGUUGCGACUGCUCCCCGAGUCGUUGCGAAAUUCGUCCAACCUAACGAGGAAGAGCUUGUUACUGGGCUAG